ACUCCACCGUUCUCGAUCGAGAGCCCUUUCUGUCUCCUCGCCUUCAAAAGCCGCCGUCGCCACGGGCUCGCACACAUCCGAAGCGGGCGGUGAUGGCUGUAGCUCCCAACAUUUCCUUCUCCCUUCUCCCCGCGCGGGUGUCUCGCGGCGCCUCCCUCGUUCGCCCCUCCUGUAAACCCAUAUCUUUGCGCAAAUCCUUCUCGCCCAUGGCUUCUCUCAGCGUUGCGCCGGCCCCGGGCAUCUCCGAGACCCUGUCCCGGUUGAAGGAGCAAGGAAAGGUUGCAUUGAUACCCUUUAUUACUGCUGGAGAUCCUGAUCUAUCCACAACAUCAAAAGCAUUGAAAAUUCUUGAUUCUUCUGGGUCAGACUUGAUUGAACUGGGUAUACCCUAUUCUGAUCCUUUGGCAGAUGGGCCUGUCAUCCAGGCUGCUGCUACACGUGCUCUAGCAAAGGGUACAAACUUCGAUGGAGUCAUUUCGAUGUUAAGGGAGGUAGUCCCUCAACUAUCUUGUCCAAUUGCUAUCUUUACGUACUACAAUCCAAUCCUGAAGCGCGGAAUUGAUAAGUUCAUGUCUACUAUAGAAGAAGUUGGUGUACGUGGUCUUGUCGUACCUGAUGUUCCUUUGGAGGAGACUGAAAGCUUAAGAAAAGAAGCUGCUAAGCAUAAUAUUGAGUUAGUGCUGCUUACAACACCUACUACACCAACAGAAAGAAUGAAAGAAAUUGUUGAAGCUUCAGAAGGAUUUGUAUACCUGGUGAGUUCUAUUGGAGUUACUGGUGCCCGUGCAUCCGUUAGUUCACGUGUGCGAUCUCUCCUGCAAGAGAUUAAAGAGUCUACGACUAAACCAGUUGCAGUUGGCUUUGGUAUAUCCCAACCAGAGCAUGUGAAGCAGGUAGCUGGAUGGGGAGCAGAUGGUGUAAUUGUUGGUAGUGCAAUAGUUAAACUUUUAGGUGGUGCAAAAUCCCCCGAGGAAGGACUGAACGAGUUGGAAGCAUUCACUAGGUCUUUGAAGAGUGCACUCCUUUGAGAAAUAACUAGGUCAAUGCAAGGACAAUGAACAUGUUAAGUUCCUCUAGUCAUAUUUUCUUAUUUUAUUUGAGGAAUUUUAUCAUAUAAAAUUGGGCUGAAUCAACUUGCUGAGAAGACGAAUUAAAUGGAAGUAUAUCAUAAGAAGUUGCCUUUUGCUUGGUAUCUCCAAACUUUGGUUUAUAGGGAAGAAUAAAUUGGUGGCCAAGGCCAUCCUGUAAGAUGUUUAAUAUACCCUUGUAUAAGAUUUAUUGAGUUUCCUUUGUUCUU